CUCAUCAACACAACAUCGGACACGAUCGUGAAUCAUGAACCGUAAAGAUCUUAAUCAACGUCAACUAAUGGUAAAGUCGCUUAUGAGCUGAAAAGUGGCAAACGACUAUACCCCUAAAGACGAUUUCAUCACAGUGCACACACACAGUCUCUACCAGCUCGAUCCCAACGGCAGAUCAUUUCACAGUGUUUUGGCUGAAAAAAUCAAAAACCCAUUUUGAUCGCCAACACCACCACCAAAGUUUUCGCUUUGAUCCCAUCGCCCCCUUCUGCCUCUACUAAACCCCUUAUCUCUAAUCCUUGCUAUUACCAAUUGUUGAUUUCAUUAUGGCUUCCACACUGCUCUCUUUGGCUUCUGCCACUCCCUCUGCUUCACUUUCUUUUCAUGAAAUUAACAAGGGAAAAUUGAAUCUUGGGUGCAUCAACAAGGAAAAACCCAAUCCUUUCAUCAAAGCAAAGUCUUUUGGUCGAGUCUCUAUGGUUGUGGCUUCCAAUGUGUCUCAUUUCGAGGGUAUUACAAUGGCUCCCCCUGAUCCAAUUCUUGGGGUGUCUGAAGCUUUCAAAGCAGACGACCAUGAGUUGAAACUCAACCUUGGUGUUGGAGCCUAUAGAACUGAAGAGCUACAGCCUUAUGUGCUUGAUGUGGUUAAAAAGGCAGAUAAGCUUCUACUCGAGAAAGGGGAAAACCUAGAGUAUCUCCCAAUUGAAGGCUUGGCUGCUUUCAAUAAAGUGACGGCGGAGUUGUUAUUUGGAGCGGACAAUCCAGUUAUAAAGCAACAAAGGGUUGCAACAGUUCAAGGGCUUUCGGGAACCGGUUCACUUCGGCUGGCUGCAGCUCUCAUAGAACGAUAUUUUCCCGGGGCAAAAGUUCUAAUAUCAUCUCCUACAUGGGGUAACCACAAGAACAUUUUCAACGAUGCUAGGGUUCCAUGGUCGGAAUACCGAUAUUACGACCCGAAAACAGUUGGUUUGGAUUUUGAAGGGAUGAUAGCGGACAUCAAGGCAGCUCCUGAGGGAUCUUUUAUUCUUCUUCAUGGUUGCGCUCACAACCCAACUGGUAUCGAUCCAACUCCUGAACAGUGGGGAGUAAUUGCAGAUGUUAUCCAAGAGAAGAACCAUAUUCCAUUUUUCGAUAUUGCAUACCAGGGGUUUGCAAGUGGAAGCCUGGACACCGAUGCAGCGUCUGUGAGGAUGUUCGUGGCCCGUGGUAUGGAGGUUAUUGCUGCUCAAUCAUACAGUAAAAAUCUCGGCCUAUAUGCAGAAAGGAUUGGAGCAAUCAAUGUUGUUUGCUCAUCACCAGAGGCAGCUGCAAGGGUAAAGAGCCAACUGAAAAGAAUAGCUCGACCAAUGUACUCGAAUCCUCCUGUUCAUGGGGCAAGAAUUGUCGCCAACAUUGUUGGGGAUUCAGCUCUCUUCAAGGAAUGGAAUGCUGAGAUGGAAAUGAUGGCAGGGAGAAUCAAGAAUGUGAGACAUAAAUUGUUUGAUAGUCUUUCUUCCAAAGAUAAAAGUGGGAAGGAUUGGUCUUUCGUUCUUAAGCAGAUCGGGAUGUUUUCGUUCACAGGCUUAAACAAAGCUCAGUGCGAUAAUAUGACAAACAAGUGGCAUGUUUAUAUGACCAAGGAUGGAAGGAUAUCACUUGCAGGAUUAUCUUUGGCUAAGUGUGAAUAUCUAGCAGACGCCAUCAUUGACUCAUACCACAAUGUGAGUUAACAAGAUAAUGAAAAAUUUUACUAAAAAAAACAUGUUGUAAUAAUGUGUUUAAACUGAGCAUUAAAAGAACUCUUGAAUUUAGAGAUUUGAUGGAGGCUGGUUUUUGCUGCCUCUUCCUUUUAAUUUUGCUCAAAGUGGGGGAAUUUUGAAGUUCUAUUGAUUGUAUGACAAUAAAUCAUUUAUGAAGUAACUGAAAACUAGGGGAUUAACUAUAUCUAUAUAUUUAUUUAUUUA